GUGCUGAACUCUUUCUGGGAGGUUUUGGCCGCGCGAGUGUCUUUUCCUGCCAGCCACCGUCAUCUCAUUUGCCGGAGCAUCAUGUUGGCGGGCGCGGUCGAGGACCUGACGUCGCUCGUGCAGCUGGACGAGGCUUCGAUCCUCGCCACGCUGCGCGCGCGCUUCGACGCGCAGGCCAUCUACACCAGCACCGGCGCCGUGCUCAUUGCCAUGAACCCGUUCACGCCGCUACCGCUCUACGGCCACGAGGUCAAGGCGCGCUACAUGCAGCACGGCCGCAAGCGCGCCCGCGGCGAGCGCAUGGAAUCGACAUUGCCGCCUCAUAUUUAUGCGAUUGCUGACCGGGCGUACCGCGAGAUGCACACUGUGCCCGGUCGCGACCAGAGUAUCCUCGUGAGCGGCGAGUCGGGCGCCGGCAAGACCGAGACCACCAAGUGCAUACUCAACUACGUGACGGCGCUGACAUCCGAGUCGUCGAGCGACCUCGCCCAGCGCGUGCUCGAGUCCAACCCGAUCCUCGAAGCCUUUGGCAACGCCCGGACCAACCGCAACAACAACUCGUCGCGGUUCGGUAAGUUUAUUCGCCUCGAGUUCGAGUCGAUCGGGUCGCUCCUUGGCGCGUCCAUCUCGACGUACCUUCUCGAGCGCGUCCGGCUCGUCUCGCAGGCCAAAGGCGAGCGCAACUACCACAUCUUUUACGAGCUCUUACGUGGCGCGUCGUCCGACGAGCUCCAUGCGCUGGGUCUGACGCAUGUCGAGGACUACAAGUACCUCAAUAGCGGCCAGUGCUACGACCGUCGCGACGGCGUCGACGACAGCGAUCAGUUCGCCAAGACGCGCCAUGCGAUGACGGCCAUCGGCAUGGACGCAUCCGAGCAGCACGACGUCUUGCAGCUCAUCGCAGCAGUUUUGCACCUCGGCAACGUGACGUUUGCAAAGAAGGACGGUGAAGCGAGUGCGCUGCAGCACGACGCGGACGUAGCGGCCGCCACGGCGCUGCUGGGUAUCGACGCCAGCAGCAUGGAGAAGGGCGUGACGACCAAGAAGAUCAAGGCCGGCGGCGACCACAUCACAACGUCGUUGAGCGUGCUGGAAGCGGCGACGACCCGGGACGCGGUCGCCAAGGCCAUCUACGCGCGCGUCUUUGAUUGGCUCGUCGAGCGCAUCAACGAGUCGAUGCGGUACAGCAGCUCGACGCGGCGCACCGUGACGGCGCCCCGCUUCAUUGGCGUCGUCGAUAUCUUUGGCUUCGAGAUCUUUGCGACCAACUCGCUCGAGCAGCUCUGCAUCAACUUUGCCAACGAGAAGCUCCAGCAGCUCUUCGCCAAGUACGUCUUUGAGAUGGAGCAGAAGGAGUAUGCGGCCGAGGCGAUACCGUGGACGUUUGUCGCGUACCCCAACAAUGACGCGUGCGUCGUCAUGUUUGAAGCGCGGCCAACCGGGCUCUUUUGUCUGCUGGACGAGCAGUGCGUCAUUCCGCGCGGCAACGACGCGCAGCUCGCGGCCAAGUACGCCGACGUGGUCGCCAAGCGCCAUGCGCACCUCGCGACGACCAAGCUCCAGCAAGCGCGCGCCCAGUUUACGAUCGCGCACUACGCGGGCGCCGUGGUGUACUCGGCCGACGGCUUUUGCGACAAGAACAAGGACCACGUGCACUCGGACGUCCUCGCUUUUCUGCGCACGUCGAGCAAUGCGUUUCUCGUGUCGCUCUUCCCUGUGGUCGCCGCCGAGUCGAGUCGCCCGACGUCGCUGACGGCCAAGUUUCAGGUCCAGCUCGCGUCGCUUCUGACCGUCCUCAACGCCACCGCACCCCACUUUGUACGCUGCAUCAAGCCCAACGACGAGCUGCGACCGAGGGUCCUUGACGCGGCCCGGGUCGCCGAGCAGCUGCGCUGUUCCGGCAUUCUCGAGGCCGCGACGAUCGCGCGCUCCGGGUACCCGAUCCGCAUGCCACAUGCCACGUUCGUGCACACGUACGAGUGCCUCGCGCCCCGGGGCGCCCGGGACAGUGUCGCCGCCAUGGUCGCGCAUUUCGUGCGCCUGUUGCCGCUGACGACACCGCCCCACGCCCAAGUCGGCCGCACCAAGGUCUUUCUGCUCGAUGGCCUCUACCGCCUACUCGUCGGGCUGCGCCGGCUUCGGGCAACCGUGGCCGAGCGCGUGAUCCACCGGUCGUUGGCACAGUACGUGGUUCGAAGGCGACAGCGGCGCGAGCGUGUGGCCGCUGCGCUUCUCUUGCAGGCAUUUGCCAAGAUCGUUGUGGCCAAGACUGAGCGCUGGCGGCGUGCGCGCCUGGCUCGCGUCGCUGCCGGUGGAAACAAGCUCACCAAGGCGGUACUGUCGAUUCGGUUUCAUACGUGGCGGAGCGCCGUGCAAGCACUCGCCCUCGCUGCGGCCAAGGCGGCCCAAGCGCUAGCCCAAGCCCAAGCUCAAGCUCAAGCCGAAGCGCGCGCCCAAGCUCAAGCCCUCGCCCAAGCCGAGGCCGACGCGGCUGCUGCCGCUGCCAACGCCGUCGACGACGACGGCACGUGCGACGGCACCAAAACCGAGUCGACGCGGUCGUCGUUGGACGAGCUCGAGAGCGAAGACACGAUCACGAGUCCGAUCAUCGAGUACGAGAUCGUGUGGGAGUGCGGUCGGCUCGGCAUUCAUUUUUCGGUUGACAACGAGACGGGCCGGCCCAAGGUCGACCGGAUCCACACGACGCUGAGCCAGUGCGCCGACUUGCACUUUGUGUCAUGCGGGGACGUGCUCGUGGCCAUGAACGGCUACGCGAUCGAGCCGCCGCCCAACAACGGCCAGCGCUUCUCCAACGCGACGAUCCAACCGGUCAUUGAGCGGCUGGGGACGACGGCGAAACCGGUUCGUCUGCGGCUCAUGCGGCUGAGCGCUGACCCGCCGUUUCUGCGCACGACGCUCAACGGGCUCACGUUCGACGAGUACGAAGUGCUUUGGCAGCGCAAUGCGUUCCCGUCGCUCUCGCUGGACUUUGACUACGAUCCGGUGAAGAAGUACCCGCGCGUCCGGUCGAUCGCGCGCAUCAACGCCAAGAUCCCCGGCAUUCUCAGUGUCCGCAACGGCGACCACCUCACCCACGUGCGCGACGUUCCGACGUACAACAAGUCGCUCCAGCACACGCUGUGGGAGCUCAACCAGCGCGGGUCGAGCACGACGAUCCUCCGGUUUCAGCGCACGGAGCACAACAAGCACGAGAACGCCGACCGGCUCUCGACAGGCGACUCACUCACCGAGUUUUGGCGCAACUCGUCGAUCGUCUUGUCGCCCGAGCCGAGCAAGCAGUUUAGCUUUGGCCCUGCGGACCGCUGGAGCUGGAACCCGAGCGAUGAAAAGUACUGGUACCACAUCAUGUGGACCGACGACGACGACAGCCUCGGGAUUUCGAUGCGCCAGCCGCGCCUCCGCUUCUACCUCGAGGUGACGUCGAUCAAGACGACGGGCGCCGCGUACCGCCAGCGCCACCACCCGAUGCGCCAGGUCGGCCUCGGCGACGCGUGGGUCUGCGUCAACCACCAAGACAUCCGCCACAUUGGCCACGACGCAGCCUUCCGGUACCUCCGCGAGGCGCCCAAGCCCGUGCUAUUGACGUUCCAGCGGCACCCGAAAAACAUGGGCAACGUCGCGGGCCGCCGCAGCCGUGUCUCGGCCUAACCUUGUCGUCUCGUCAUUAUUUAAUAACGUUCUCCUUUGGACAAGUAUCAAUCUAUCAGCGUGUCGUGAAACGGUUGGCAAAGA